UUCUCAUUCUCCCCGCUUCAUUCAUGGACAAGCUAAGCUCUUUUAAUGCAGUCAUGCUCUUUAAAGUUAAACACCCUCCUCUGAGGGAAGUGUAAGUGGACUGCAUGCCGGGCUGUAUUUCGCUCUCCAUCGUAUGAGCACUAAUAAUCACAGGCUUCCUGCGCGUCUCGGUGAAAACAGCGAGCCAUUGCUUUGACGUCACGGUGCUGAUGAUGAUUGGAAUCCGCACGGCGAGUGUAGUGCGCGUGAAGCGGCUCCUGUGGACCUUAGUAUGUUGAUGCCUUAAUAACAAGUGUUCAAUUUACGCGCCAAUUGCAGGAGCACUCAAGGAGAGAAGCAAAUCCGUGAGAUGGUUCGAUAAAUGUCGAUGUAAUGGAUUUGACGAAAAUGGGUGCGAUCCACCUCCAGAACCCCGGCCACCCCACAUCGCUCCUGCAGAAGGCCAACCAGAUGCGCCUCUCUGGGACAUUGUGUGAUGUGGUCAUCAUGGUCGACAGCCAGGAGUUUCAUGCCCACAGAACCGUGCUCGCAUGUGCUAGUAAGAUGUUUGAGAUCCUGUUCCACCGCAACAGCCAACAUUACACUCUGGACUUCCUCUCACCAAAGACAUUCCAGCAGAUUCUGGAGUACGCCUACACCGCCACGCUCCAGGCCAAGCUGGAGGACCUGGACGACCUGCUGUACGCCGCAGAGAUUUUAGAGAUCGAAUACUUGGAGGAGCAAUGUCUGAAGAUCUUGGAAACCAUCCAGGCGUCCGAAGAGAACGACACGGAUGUGAACAUGAACGAGAACGGCGCAGAGGAUGCCGAUGACCACAGGAUCAAAUACCUUAAGAGCGCUUUCAUGUCUAAAAAGCAUUCCAUACAGGACGGCGGCCAUCGUCAUCGCUUGGCCCUGGUCAGCACGGUCGAUAAGAGAUCUUCAGAGUCCACCCAACGGGGUCUUUCAACCGUCAGCCCGACUAAAGCAGCUAUAGAGGGCCUGAUGAGCAUGGGACAGUCCGUCCUCCAGGAAAACAUGACCCAGAGUUUCUCAAAUAACCUUGGUAACUCAUCUCCAUUGCUAGAUAAAAUCAAGACUGAGAUGAUGCAGGUAGACGAGGACUACCAACAUAAAGGCGGCUUCCCCAGGAACGGGGAUGGUGGAGGUGACUCCAGGCAGCACCGGGACACUCCUGGAACCCCGACCAGAGGUAGCGUCAUCACCAGUGCUCGCGAGCUCCACUCAGCCGAUAGUUCUGCUGAUUCCCAAGGAGACAACACUCAAGUGGGUCUGGUCAAUAUGGCCAGUCUGGCUGAUAGACAUUUCGCUUCACUGUGCUCUAUCCCGUCCAACCAUAAGAGUGAAAGCAUGCUGCCCUUGCCUGUGUCCAUGGCCUCGUCGCUACAUGUGCCGUCCUCCCUGGCCAUGUCGAUGGAUUUCAGUGCCUAUGGGGGGCUCUUCCAUCAGAGCUUGAUUCAGAGGGAGUUCUUAAGCAAGCUCGGGGAUUUCACAGCGAAUGUGAAGCAUGAGGUCCAAGCCCAGAAAGAAAGAUGUGAGGUGUGUGAUACGGAGUUGCCUGAUGGUGAAGCUGCUGAACAACACAGGAAGUUGCACGGUGGAGUGAAGACCUUUGGCUGUGAGUUCUGCGGAAAGCAAUUCCUGGACAGUUUACGACUGAGGAUGCACAUGCUGUCUCAUUCAGCUGGACCAAAAGCACUAGUAUGUGAUCAGUGUGGCGCUCAGUUUUCCAAGGAAGACGCCCUGGAAGCCCAUCGGCAAACUCACACAGGCUCAGACAUGGCAGUGUUUUGUCUCCUAUGUGGGAAGCGUUUCCAGACCCAGAAGGCUUUGCAGCAGCACAUGGAGAUUCACGCCGGCAUGCGCAGCUAUGUCUGCAGCGAGUGUGAACGCACCUUCCCGAGCCACACAGCGCUCAAACGCCAUCUCCGCUUGCACACAGGUGACCAUCCGUUCGAGUGCGAGUUCUGCGGCAGCUGCUUCCGUGACGAGAGCACACUGAAGGGUCACAAGCGCAUCCACACCGGAGAGAAGCCUUAUGAAUGUAACGGCUGCGGCAAGAAGUUCAGCCUCAAGCACCAGCUGGAGACCCACUACCGCAUCCACACAGGUGAGAAGCCGUUUGAGUGCAAGCUGUGCCACCAGCGCUCGAGGGACUACUCCGCCAUGAUCAAACACCUGCGUACCCACAACGGCGCUUCACCCUACCAGUGCACCAUCUGCCAGGAGUACUGCCCCAGCCUCUCGUCCAUGCAGAAGCACAUGAAGGCCCACAAGCCCGAGGACGUGCCCCUAGACUGGAAGAUAGAGAAGACCUACCUGUACCUCUGCUACGUGUGAGACAGGGCAACAAAACGGAAUGGGAAAGUGGCAAGAUACGCCCAAAGACAAUUCACUUGAAGGUUUGCUUUUGGUCCUAGCCAAAGAUGGUGAGAGGGCGUGGUCAAAGUAAUGAAAUGUGAUGUGGAUUUUUUUGACCUUCUGUUUGUGACAUGCAUUUGUGCACAUUUUUAGGAUGUAACUGCACUCACAAAUGUUUAUAAAAUGGAAAUGUGAUAUGUGAUAAAGGGAUAUGAAUUUUCAGAAAGUGUGAUGAGAAUCCAUCUGUCUGCAUUCCACCCUAUUAAUUGGAGAAAUUCACUGCAUGAUCAUGAUGUAAUGUUUUAUUCAAAUAAGGAUUCCCGCACUUUUUCUCCACGGACAACCCAUAAGCCAUAGACUUUCAAGACCCCAUGAAAUCUCCAAGUGGUGGGGAAUGUCAUAGGGAUCAUCCAAUAGCCUUUAGUUGCAUCACAACCAUGAUUUUAAAUGCAUAUCCACUAAAGGUCAACGUUUAGAAUACGCUAGCAACCUUAAAGCUCACACACAUGGACUCAAAGCCUCAUAUUUUGAUUUCACGGGGUCUAAAUGGAGCUAUUCUGAGUCAAAUAAAAACAUGGACCAAAGCUUAAAAUUCACACACAUGAUGAAAUAGAGGAGCUGAACACAUUAGCGAAUGAAAUUAUGCCCUUUUUUAGUAAAUUGCUCCCUUAAGUUCAUUAUUAGGCUCUCUAGUACUCAAUUUUCAUGUUUUUUUUUAAUAUAAAUACUUGCGAGGAAAUGCACAGGAUUGGACCCAAGAGUCAUUUUCUUUAAAGCGUAAUAAAGUGCUUAACAAAACAGCUUUUCUCAGAGGUACAUCCAAAUUGUGCUGCCAAGCAACUGUAGUGGAUGUUCAGGGACAUUUAUUCAACCUUAAAUAACUACACUGUGCACUUUCAGAGUUUCAGAGGCCCACUUUUGUUUUUUUCAGCACCACAUUCUGCAUUUA